UCCGAGCCCCAGUGACCAAGCCAGCACAUCAGGGGAGAGAUGGAAUGAUGUGGACGUUCCUGAUGUAGUGCCACCACGGAUAAUCUUUCGUCCUAAGCGCACCCCAGGACCCCAGCUCAUCAUGACAGAAAAUUAUACACCUGUCCAACUUUUCCAGCUGUUUUUCAGCAACGCUGUUUUGCUCACAAUUCUGUCAAACACAAACGAACAUGGCUCUGCGCAUUACUCCACGCCCUUAAAUCCAUGGAAAGCCAUUGACUUGAAGGAUAUGUUUUGCUUCAUAUCAGUGUUGAUUUACAUGGGUGUGGUGAAGUGCUCAUCCUAUACAGAUUACUGGUGGGGGGGUCAUCUGUACAGUUUGCCAUUUCCCAAAAGAGUCAUGACAGGACAGAAGUUCCUGAAAAUGACCUGGGCGCUCCAUCUCAGCAGUGCAGCAGCGGAUGCUGAGAAUGAGGGGAGAAGAGGCACUGCAGCCUUUGACCGGCUUGGAAAAAUAAAGCCCCUAUAUGAUGACAUGAGGGAGGCCUGCAAGAGAAACUAUCAUCCUCGCCAGGAGAUUUCCAUUGAUGAGAGGACGGUUGUUUCAAAAGCGAGGAUUGGGCUGAAGCAGUACAUGAAGAGCAAGCCUGUGCGAUGGGGCUACAAGCUGUUUGUUUUGGGAGACUCCACGGCUGGAUACACCUGGGACUUCUUUGUGUAUGAGGGGAAGUCAACAGGUAACACAGGGAAAGGACUCAGUUAUGAGUCGGUAAUGGAGCUGCUAAAGCCCCAGUUGCUUGGCACAGGCUACAAGCUCUUCAUGGACAACUUUUACUCCAGUACCACACUCUUUCAGGACCUGCUAAAGAUGAAGGUCUGGGCAUGUGGCACCAUAUGGAAAAAUCAGAUCGGGUUUCCCAGAACCACAGAGAACAGCCUGGAUUCCAAGUCUCCCCGUGGCAGUGUGAGGUGGAUCAGGAAGGACUCCCUCCUCUAUGUUCAGUGGAGAGACACUAGGGAUGCCUCCUUCUGCUCAACAUUCCACCCAGCACACACAGGAGAGACUGUCAGACGGCGGGUCCGGAGUGCAGAUGGGCAGCGGGAAAUGAAAGACAUCCCGGUUCUGCCAGUGGUCAAAGACUACAACCAGCACAUGGGUGGAGUGGACCUGUCGGAUGCCCUCAUAGGGUUCUACAAGGUCCUCCACAAAACCAGGAUGUGGUACAAGACAUUCUUUUAUCAUUGUCUGGACAUCGCCGUCAUGAAUGCCUUUCUCCUCCACAAGGAGCUCGCCAUGGCUAAAGGACAGGUGCCGAUGAACCAAAAAGCAUUUAGGGAGACCCUUGCAGAGGACCUGGCAAGGAUGGGUUCUGCCCCCACAGACAUGCCAGUCCAAGGCCCUGCUCCUGCUCCUGCUCCUGCUCCUGCUCCUCCUACACGUCACAGGAUGAUGUACAUUAGUGGGGACAGCACUGCCAGCCAGCUAAAGUGCAGAAUCUGCCACAGCAAGACUCUGGUGAAGUGUGUCACCUGUGAUGUUUUACUUUGCUUCCUGCCUGGACGGGAUUGCUACAAUGAGUGGCAUAUUGGCAACAAUUUUUGGAUUUAGUUUGAUGUUAUUUGUAAAUAGGUUCUGUUUUAUUGUAAACAGAGUGUUUUGUUGUAGUUUAUUAGCAUGUUAUUAUGUUUGAUAUUGUUCUUUUUACUGUUUUUCAUUGAUAAUUGUAAAUACUAUCUAG